AUGUUUGCGGAAGCUAUAAGGAGAGCACAAGCAUUAGAUAACUUACCACCGGGCCGGCGCGGUCCCCUUCAUGGCUUACCCUUCACGGUCAAAGAUCAGUUCAAUGUGCCUGGCUUUGAUUCAACCAUCGGAUACGCAUCAUUUAUUGGCAAUGCAAAAGACUUGCCUCCAUCAACAUUGGUUGAAGUUCUACAGGGACAAGGAGCAAUAGUUUUUGCUAAGACAAAUGUCCCACAGAGUUUGAUGUGGUGUGAGACCGACAACAAUGUAUGGGGGCGUACAAACAACCCAAGAAAUCUCAACUAUACACCUGGUGGGAGCACUGGAGGCGAGGCUGUUCUCCUCGCAAUGAAAGGUACUCUUGUGGGCUGGGGGACAGAUAUUGGUGGAAGUUGCAGGAUCCCGUCUGCUUUGGUGGGAUGUUGGGGGCUCCGGCCAAGUAGCUACAGACUUCCAUACUAUGGUGUUACGGUCUCUACUGAUGGGCAAGAGCACGUCCCCUCUGUAAUUGGGCCAAUGGCUCGUACUCCUCAAUCACUCACCUUCAUCACGCGUCAAGUGAUCCAAUCGGAUACCCAUAAUCUUGAUCCAAAAGUGGUCCCAAUACCUUGGCGGGAAGAUCUUUACCGGUCGACACUGCUGAGCAAGAAACUCCGGAUCGGCCUCAUGCUUGAUGAUGGGGUUGUCAGAGUUCACCCUCCAAUUGCCCGGCUCCUCAAGUGGGUCGCCACCGUCCUCAAAAAUAAUGGCCAUGAGAUUAUUCCGUGGAAACCAGAUCUCCACUGUGAAGGUAUCGCGGUAAUGGACGAAUUCUACAGAGCUGAUGGCGGCGCGGACGUUCGUUCAGCCAUUGAGGCUUCUGGAGAAAAUUACAUAGAGCAUUGCCAGAAGCUCUUUGGUCCGCAAAUGGCUGCUAACGCGAUAGAUUUACCUUCGUACUGGAAACUCGUGGUCGAGAAGCGCAAAAUUCAAAAGGCGUACCUUGAUCGUUGGAAUAAUGCAGGACUUGAUCUUAUUUUGUCGCCCGUAAUGCCUCACGUUGCUGUUAAGCAUAAGGAUACUCUAUGGGUGGGCUAUACCAAGAUCUGGAACGUGCUCGAUUACACCGCCGUUGUGCUUCCGAACUUUGGCUAUGUUUUAGCAGAUGCAAUCAAGAUCCAUGAAACAGACUUCGAGUGGAAGCAGUAUAAGCCGAGAAACAACUUUGAUGCAGCUAAUUGGAGAUUGUACGAUCCGCGCGAAAUGUAUAACCAACCCAUUGCAAUGCAGCUCGUCGCUAGGCGCUACGAAGAGGAAAAGGUUUUAGGCGGCAUGCAGUUGAUAUCCAACGCCAUGGAGGAGCGUAAAGAAAUCAAAGACGACGCGUAUUUCGAUAUAAUUGAACCUGCCGGUCAUUAUGAUGGAAAAGUUUACAACCCCUUUAAACUACAUCUGCAUGGACUGUACACCGGCGAGGUACCAUCAGCGCCCAGAAGGGAGACCCCAGUUCAGCGGAUCGCCCACAGUUUACCAACUGAAUCUAUCAGGAGGAUGGAGGUUGAAGAUCCAGAAUGCGAAUACUCCUCUGAAAUAGAGAGUUCCGACGGACUUUCAACCAUUCCCGAAGCGCCUUCCUGCACGGCAUCGGAACUGGCCGAUAGCGUAGAAUCGGAACUUGCCUCUGGCGUGGAAUCUGUGGCGGGGACGGUUACCCCAUCUAUUUGUUCUGCUGACUCAUUUGUUACUGCGAGGUCGUCAUCUGGGGAUUGA